AUGCUUCAGGACAUUGCGAACUGGUUCCGGCGAAGAAGCGGACCUCAAGACGACCUAAAAAUGUUCUUUGAAGAAACAACAGAAAUGUGCUUUAAAUCGUGUGUUUCUUCGGGGCUUCUCGGGAAUAGGCAAAAGCUAACGGAGAAGGAGAGAGCCUGUGUGCGCAAGUGCACGGAAGAAAAAAUAAAAAUAUUCCUGCAAAUAGAGGAAUCGUUAGAAAACAGCGUAAAACAGGCAAACGAGUGA